AUGUCAUGUCUGGCUGGACUUGUUUGGAAUGAAGCUGAGAAAAUGUGUGAUUGGAAAGCUGUCGAUUCUAUCACCAAUUGUUAUAAAACAGCAAGAUGGUCUACUGAUGGAACCAUUAUCGUCGGUAUGGAUAGUGAACACGGCUCGGAUUCUCAUCAUUUGAGUUCACCAUUGGGCGUUUUUGUCGAUACUCACAAUGGAAAUAAUGUUUAUGUCGCUGAUAAAGACAAUGAUCGUAUUCAAAAAUUUCUAGGUAGCUCAUUGAGUAGUGGUGGUAUUACAGUCGCUGGUGGUAAUGGUGUUGGUUCUGCGCCGAAUCAAUUAGAUGGCCCUGUUGAUGUAUAUGUUGAUAAAGAUGAAAAUAUUUACAUCGCCGAUUAUGGCAAUCAUCGAAUACAAAUGUGGCCAAAAGAUGCAACCAGUGGUAUUACUAUUGCUAUCAGAAAUGAUACAAGUGCUGGAGUAAAUUAUGUCAGUUUUCUUUACAGUAUGUUCUUUCACGAAAAGACCCAUACAUUCUACUUACCAGACUAUUUCCAUGGUCGUAUCUUAAAAUUUACCAAUGGAAGUAAUAAUGGAAUUAUUGUCGCUGGCAACAACGGAGAUGUAUCUACUUUUAAUAGCCUGGAUGGCCCAACAAGUGUUUUUGUCGAUGAUUGUGAAACACUCUAUGUCACUGAUUCAGGUAAUUGUCGCAUACAAAAAUACGUCAAAGGAGCUUCUCAAGGAAUCACAGUGGCUGGUGGUUAUGGACGAGGAAGCAAUGCUAGUCAACUUAAUAUGCCGUACGGUCUUCAAGUGGACAAGUACAAAAAUUUGUAUAUUCUUGAUACUUAUAAUGGUCGCAUUCAAAGAUGGGGACCGAAUGACAAUGUUGGAGUGACGAUUAUUGGUGGUCAUGAUUUUGGGAAUGCAGCAAAUCAAUUAAUGUAUUCCUAUAGCCUAGCACUUGAUAGUGAGGGAAAUAUAUUUGUCAGUGACCUUGGAAAUCAUCGCAUUCAAAAGUUUAACAUUCUUCCGGAAACUAUUACUUGUUGA